AUGUCCCACUCCGUUCCCGACCUGGAUGCCAUAGGCAUCAAAGCCGAGCACCAUCUGGCCGACAAUUUUCGCCGCGAAGUCGCCAAUCUGCUCGGCCGCAACAAUACCAAUUUCCCCGGCGCGCAACCCGUCAGCUUCUCAGCGCGACACCUCGAGGAGCUGCAGCAGGAAGACUACUAUGUCUGUGAGAAGACGGAUGGCAUCCGGUGUCUCAUGUACUUUGCCCGCGGGGACCCCGAUUCCGAAAUGCCUGAGAUCCAUUACCUGAUUGACCGCAAAAACGACUACCGCUACGUUCCUGGUUUGCACUUCCCCAUGCCGGACGAUGAGACUUUUCGAUCAUUCCACGUUGACACUUUGGUGGACGGCGAGCUGGUCCUCGACUCGUACGAGGACGGGUCGCAGCAGCUCAAGUACCUGGUGUUUGACUGUCUGGUGCUCGACGGACAAAGCUUGAUGCACCGCACGCUUGACAAGCGCCUGGCAUACUUCAAAGUCAAGGUGCUGGAGCCUUACAAUGCCAUGUACAAAAAGUUUCCCGAGGAAAAACAGCACCGCGCCUUUGUCAUCGAGGACAAGUUGACGCAAUUCAGCUACGGCAUUGAGAUGAUGUUCCGCGAGAUCAUUCCGAAAGUCAAGCGCAUUCACGGGAACGACGGCCUCAUCUUCACCUGUCGCAGCACGCCCUACCGAAUCGGCACAGACGAGCACAUCCUCAAGUGGAAACCUCCAUCCGAGAACACGGUCGACUUCCGCAUGCGCCUGGAGUUCCCUCUCCUAGAGCCCGACUCGGAAGAUGAGGCCGACGGCAUCACAGAGCCAUACCCGGACUACGACGCGGUCCCCAUCUGCCAUUUAUUCGUCAUGCUCUCUUCCAACGAAUACCGCCAUUGGGACAAGAUGUUCGUCACCGCGUCAGAGUGGGAGGAUCUCAAAGCCAUGAACAUCCCGCUCGACGAUACCAUCGUCGAAUGUUACAAGGACGAACAGGCUCGCUGGCGCUUCCACCGUCUUCGCGACGACAAAAUGGAUGCGAACCACAUCUCCACGGUCGAGAAAGUACUCGAGAGUAUCGAAGACCGCGUCACGGAGGAAGAUCUCAUCCGCCUUGCGCCGCUUAUCAAGACAGCCUGGAAGAAACGACAGGCAACCCCGAUCUCGGAAACUAAACCGCCCCGCGCCGCGCCACCUACUAUGAAUGGGAAUGGCGUCAAGCGGAAAUUCGAAGAGUGA